UCGAGUAGUUCGGCUGUAGCAGGACUGCAAAAUGUUUCUUCUACUAGGAGUGCUUCUGGUGGCGUUAGGAGCUGUGCAAGGAGGACCGAUCGACAAUGCCAGAAUAGUGAAUGGAACGGAUGCUUCAAUCGAAGACUAUCCGUUCAUCGUGUCGCUGCGUGGCUCCACCGGUGGCCACUCCUGUGGAGGAAGCAUUUUGAACGAGUUCUGGAUUUUAACAGCGGCUCAUUGCGUCGAUUGGACGACGCCAUUGGCCCAGACGGUGCAGGUUGGACGUACCGACAUUUCGCGCCCAGUUGAUGAGUCUGUGUAUGACAUCGAGGACGUUGUCAUCCACCCUGGGUAUAAUCCUAGUGAUAGCUAUAUCGAUGACAUCGCUCUACUUAAACUGCGCAAGCCGCUAGUGUUCAGUGAAACCGUGCAACCGGUUCGGAUUCCGAAUCGUUUCAUGGAGGUGGACUUCGGGCCAAAUAACGCGAAUGAGAACGUUGUUGUUACGCUGAUUGGUUGGGGUCGUAACGCUACAGAAGGUCCCGUACAAACCACACUGCAAGAAGUUGACUACUACCUUGUAUCGAACGAGAAAUGUAACCAAAUCCACAGCAACCACAUCUAUCCGAUGCAAAUGUGUGCUGCCGAGCCUGGCGGUUGGAAAGGACAGUGCAGUGGCGACUCUGGUGGUCCGUUGCUGUUGAAUGGAGUUCAAGUUGGUAUUGUAUCGUGGAGUGUCAAACCGUGCGCUUCCCCCCCGUACCCGGGAGUGCUGACCAAGGUGUCAUACUACGUAGACUUUAUCAAUACCUACGCAAAGAAAUAUUUACACGCAUAAGGUACUUACGAUCGAAAUAGAUUGCUAUUGUCUGCUAUCAACGAUUACAAAUAACACUCCUGAGCAAGUUGAUAAGAUUACGCUACGGUUGCUGAAAUGGUACGAUAACUCUAGGCAGAACCAUUGAAUAAAUGACCGAUUCUACU